GUGUAAACACAUGCGCAUGUGUGUUUAGCUGUCUGCUUGUCAGCUGUCAUCGCGAAGUGUUGCGGUUGUCUGUAGGAUUUAUUUGCGCCAUACUUAGUUCACGAAUAAUUAUUUUGUGUGCCUGGCGUAUUUGCGUACCACAUAUUCUUUAUUCAGCUUGAAGUGCAUCAUGGGACCAAUUGUGUACAUUAGCAGGACGGAAUCGUUUAGUGCCUGUCACAGACUUCAUAGUAACAAAUUAACAGAUGAAGAGAAUGCCAAGGUGUUCGGUAAAUGCAACAACCCAAAUGGCCACGGACACAAUUACAAAGUUGAAGUGGUACUACGUGGACCAGUUGACCCAGUGACAGGAAUGGUUUUCAAUCUUGUUGAUCUUAAAAAAUAUAUGGCAGAAGGUGUCAUGGCCAUCGUAGAUCACAAGCAUCUGGACAAAGAUGUCCCAUACUUCAAGGAUGUUGUGAGUUCUGCAGAGAACAUCGCAGUCUAUAUCUGGGAUCAGCUGAAAUCACGUCUCCCUGACAACCUACUUUAUGAAGUGAAAGUUCAUGAAACUGACAAGAAUGUGACAUUUUAUCGCGGAGAAACUGAAUGAAAGCUAGCUUGAUACAUGUGUGUCUUUUAUAUGUAAAUAUGAAUAUAUGAUAAUAUGUAUGUCAAUAUUAGGCUUAAAACAAUAAAAGCAUUGGUUCUCAGGCAAUGACUUUUCAAAAUAUACUGAGUGCGGGUGGUGUUUUUUUGUUAUUUUUGCUUGUUCAAACUUAUAUGUAACCAAAUAAACAGUUGUGUAUCAUCAACCUGGCAAAGGGUCUCCCAACAUAAACAAGCAUACAAACUUCUAUUACCGCCAUGACCAUAACACGAGAUGCGCAGUAAAGGGAAGUAAUUAGGAUUUAUUAGUAGUAUUAGUAUUUUUGUAUUUUGGGGGGAAAAUGGAAAUAAAAACGAAAAGUGUGACAGACUUUCUGAUGAUGUGGGCGGUGCCUGAGAACCAAGGCUAUUAUUGUUUUUAGCCUCACAAGCUAAAGUAUAUUUUUUGUUCAGAAACAGCUCAUGUUUUCCCUCUGCAUCCUCAAUUUUUCAAAAAUAAUUCUGAUGAACAAAUUGUAAUGCCUUCACGUGAACAAGAAAAUGUACAAUAUAUUGUGAUACUACUUUAAAAUUAAGGUGAAUGAAAGGUCAUGGAUGUCUUGUUCCUUUUCUUUUGUACUGUGGAAUUAUAUAAAUUAGAAGAUUUAUCAUAUUACAGUAAACAAUAGUUAUAACGAUGAAUAACGAUUAUAACGAAAUUAUUUCUUAUCCUGAUAAAACCUCUACAAACAUA